UUGAGCAAGGAGUUCGCUUUCAGUAUUCAAGUUUUUCAGAGACAUCGGUAACCAAGCAACUAGUUUUGUCAAAGUUGUUAAUAUGAUCAGUAGAAAAUCUUUCGAACUUCGGACACAUAUCGCAGUUAAUAGGGCACGUUGGCAAGAUAGCAAUCUCCGUGUAUUAUUAAUUCUUACGUUAGUAGUGACUAUUUUAUUCGAUUUGAAGGGAGCGAAAGGCCAAACGAUGACUGAACUACAAUCUCUUUUUAAAGAGCACUGUGUCGUCCCUGAUGUGAUAAGCAUUCCACCUCCAGAUGUAUUGACUGUUAAGUACCCCAGCGGUUCGACUGUGGAGACAGCCAAAGAACUCACCCCCACCCAAGUGAAAGAUCAGCCUACAGUAACAUGGGCCGCUAAGGAACAAGAAUAUUAUACUCUGGCUAUGGUGGACCCCGAUGCCCCCAGCCGUGAACAUCCCAAGUUCCGUGAAUGGCAUCACUGGCUCGUUGGCAAUAUUCUUGGCACAAAUAUUGGCAAAGGUGAAAUAUUAUCUGACUACAUUGGGUCAGGCCCCCCAAAAGGAACAGGAUUACAUCGCUAUGUAUUUUUAGUUUAUAAACAGCCAGAAAAAUGCGAUUUUUCUAAAGUUAUUAAGCUGCCGAAUAACUCUGGUGACAAAAGAGGAAAGUUUUCCAUUGCAAAAUUCGCCCAACAAUUCAAACUUGGAACCCCGGUUGCUGGAAACUUCUAUGUUGCCAAAUAUGACGACUAUGUGCCAAAAUUAUACGCAAAAUUAAAGGGGUAAUUUAAUCCUCAUAAAAUUCAUAAAAACCACAAAGUGAUAAAAUAAAACGUGUAUAUAGCGCUUUACGUGUGAACAUCCGUUAGUUUGUCUAUGGUAGUGAUCGAUAAUUUCCGCCUCCGCGUGACAUUUCCAUUUUUCGGUCGUGUCCGCCAUUACAUUUUGGAGUUUGCGUAAAUUGGUCGUAGCUCUGCGAGCACACAUCACCGCGCGUUAUCAGUGACAGUUAGUUCGUGUACGUGCGUAGUAUCGCAGUGUUUCGUGGAACAAAGAGCCCCGACGUUCAAUCGUAUGUCCAUCCAGAAUCUGAACACAUU